UUUGCCAGGUGUGAUGGCGAACCGAUGGACUGGGAACCAUACAACUACAUUGAUACAGAUAUGGAAGAAAGUGAUUCAGAUACGGAGGAGAGUGAUGCAGAUGAUGAUUAUUCAGAUACGGAGGAGAGUGAUGCAGAUGAUGAUUAUUCAGAUACGGAGGAGAGUGAUGCAGAUGAUGAUUCUGAUUACAGCGAUUUAUGGCGUCAAGUGUGUCAAAGUGAAACUGAUACAGCCAACGAGAGUGAUGAAAUGAUGGAUUUGGAAGUCCGCAUCCGCAGGCUCUUGGAAAAUCCCAUUUCUUAUCCAGGAUCAAAACGUAUCCAAAGACGGGUGCCAGAUUUUGAGGAAAAUUUCUGCGGCUUUCGAGGAAAUGCACCGAGUAAUGAACAGAGUAACAGUACCGAAAAUCAAGGCCGAGAAGAAGAACAUGUUCGAGCAGAAACACCCCUUUCAGAGACUAGUGAAAUAAGACGGGAGCAAGCAAAACAGCAGGAAAUCGAGGACUUCGAACUGCCUGUUGCACAUGUUCGGCCGAGAGGGACUGAUGAAAAAAUCAGAGAGGUGGAGGGCAGAAGGAUUGUCGACUUGGCCCACUUCGUGGAACAAAUCCGCAAACUGGAGGACCACGAGUGCGAAGUCGAUCCUCUGACAGGACAUCUUCAAUUCCAGAAAGAGGAAUAUCAUGGGCUAUUGACUGUCUUGACGUUUGCAUGUACCUCAUGCCCACUUGUUAGACACAUUCAAACUGUCACAGGUACUUCUAAAGAAAUUAAUCAGGCCGCAGUUCUAUCAAUGUAUGCUGUUGGUAAAGGACACCAUCAUUUUGAGGAGAUCUCGAGUCACCUUGGAAUACCAGCCCCAGCAUAUGGUACCUUCCACGAAAACGAACUAUCAGUUGGAAAGGUGAGCUACUGA